AAGGCGGGCUGACAAGUGCGGGAGACUGAAGGGCCCGGAAGGGUGUGGCCGCCAGCACGGCCCCGCCCCGGGGCCGCCUCCCCGCGGGUUCCGUUGGCUCUGGCGGCAGCCGAGGCUGUGGCGGCGGUGGCCGCGGGGCGGGCGUAAGAUGGCGACAGCGCUGGAAGGAAACCUGGGCCUCCUGUGGGGCUGGCUGUGGAGCGAACGCUUCUGGCUGCCCCGGAACGUGAGCUGGGCGGACCUCGAGGGGCCGGGCGAUGGCCACGGCUACCCGCGGGCCCGGCACGUUCUGGCGGUGUUCCCGCUGGCGGCGGGCGUGUUCUCCGUUAGGCUGCUCUUCGAGCGAUUUAUUGCCAAACCCUGUGCACUCCAUGUUGGCAUCCAGCACACUUGUCUACAUCGGGCUCAUCCCAAUGCCAUCCUUGAAAAGGUGUUCGUAUCUAUUACCAAGUAUCCCGAUGAGAAAAAGCUGCAGGGCUUGUCAAAGCAACUGGACUGGGAUGUCCGAAAAAUCCAAUGCUGGUUUCGCCGUCGGAGGAAUCAGGACAAGCCACCAACGCUUACUAAAUUCUGUGAAAGCAUGUGGAGGUUCACUUUUUAUUUAUGUAUAUUCUGCUAUGGAAUUCGAUUUCUCUGGACGUCACCUUGGUUCUGGGAUACCCGACAGUGCUGGCACAGCUACCCCUACCAGCCUCUCACAAGUGGGCUUUAUUACUAUUACAUCAUGGAAUUGGCCUUCUAUUGGUCCCUUAUGUUUUCUCAGUUUACAGACAUUAAAAGAAAGGACUUCCUGAUCAUGUUUGUGCAUCACUUGGCCACCAUCGGGCUCAUUACCUUCUCCUACAUCAACAAUAUGGUCCGGGUGGGGACCCUGGUCAUGUGUCUCCAUGAUGUCUCAGACUUCCUGCUGGAGGCAGCUAAGCUGGCCAAUUAUGCCAAGUAUCAGCGUCUCUGUGACACCCUUUUUGUGGUUUUCAGUGCUGUUUUUGUGGUCACUCGUCUAGGAAUCUAUCCAUUCUGGAUUCUGAACACGACCCUCUUUGAGAGUUGGGAGAUGAUUGGACCCUAUCCCUCUUGGUGGCUCUUCAAUGGCCUUCUCCUGAUCCUACAAGUUCUGCAUGUCAUCUGGUCCUAUCUAAUUGCACGAAUUGCUUUCAAAGCCUUGAUCCGGGGAAAGGCUGGAAAGUUUCAUCUCUUGCAUGUAUCUAAAGAUGAUCGCAGCGAUGUGGAGAGCAGCUCAGAGGAAGAAGACAUGACCACCAGCACGAAAAGUCCCUGUGGUAGCAGCUCCAGUAAUGGUGCCAAGCUGGUGAAUGGGCACAUGGGAGGCAGUUGCUGGACUGAAGAGUAAAGUGGUAGAGAUGGGGACUUCAGCACACGUGGACUUGCAGGGCCACAGGCCACCUAUUCCUCUUGGGCCUCCUCUUACCUACACUCCUGUGACUAAGGAGGCCGCACGGCAUUGAGGAAUAUCAAAGAAAGAAAUGUUUUCACUUUUUUUUUUUAACUCUGCCAUUUUGUAUUUAAUAGCCUCCAGGUUUCCUCAGUAAUGUUAUUGCUGUGUGUGUGUGUGAGUGUGAGCGUGAGCACACGCGCAUAUGUGUGUGUGUAUGUAUAUGCUUGAGUUCCAUUGCCUGGGUUGGGCACAGUCUGGACUGAGGUUUCCAGGCCUUGCCUGGUCCCUCUCUGAAUCCACCUCAAUCCCAGAUUGGGUUGCAUCUUGACAUAGGCUGGCUCCUGACUGCCCCCUCCCUUGUAGCCGUGGCUCGUGAGGCUCUGGCCAUCUGGAUGGUUCAGCCCCAGUUCCAGGUAUUCUGGCUGUUCCUCCUUCAAAGUUGGAGUAUUUCACAUAAGUCAUAUAAAAAUAGACACCAUGGAUGGCCAGCCAGGGCCCUAGCUAGGUAACCUCCCUACCACCAGGUAGCCACAUGGACAGCUGCUGAUACCCUGCUCUUUACUCAAUGGUACGCAGGGAGGGGGGUGUGGGAGAGGUUGUGCUGAGGGCUGGAGGACAACAGCCACUGGGUGAGCUGUUAUAAAGCGGUUGGUAUUAUUGUUUACUCUUCUCCGAUUAAAAGUGCUUCAACCCUCAAUUGUCUCAACCUCUUUAGUGAUGCUGUCCCCAGUUCCCUGAAUACACAAAUAAGAAUUUUUCAGGUCUGGUUCUAGAUACUAAACAGAUAAGCUUGUAUAUCGCCGUAGUAAUAAAAGCUUUGUUUGAAAGAGCUAAGGCAUUUUUAGGUACCUGUAUUUCCUACUUUUAUCAGAUACAGAGACUUAUCAGUUAACAUUUUAAGAUUGUGAUCAAACUGAGUGUGUUUUACUUCAUGUUCUCUUAGCCCAUAGAGAAAGUCUUCCUAAUCCAGACUUCACUAUAGUUGAGGUCCUGUCAAAAUUACCAAUAGUAGUAAUCAUCUGUCGGUUUUCCAUUUCACAAAUAUUCGGGUUGUCAAAAUAUUUCCAGAUACGCUAAUGGAUGUGAAGCUAUAUGGAGUGCUUUAUGCCAGGGAGGUGGGGACGAACUGAAGGAAAACAGGCUGUUGUUCUAAGAGUCAGAUGUGCAGUAACAUUAUUUGGACAUUGACCCUACUGAGUGACUGGAUUUUAAAAAACGUCCUAUGGGGCAUGGAAAACUAACUUCUAAAAAUUUUAACAGUCAUUUGACCAGAGUUAAAGAGGAAGACUAAAAGACUAAAAAGUCUCUGUAUCUUAUACAAUUGUUCAAUUUUAUAUAUUGAUGAAAAGGCUCAUUUGAAUAUGGAAGAAAAUGCUUUUAAAUAUCAACAACUACUUUGUAAGUACAAGUAGGUUUGGGUAACAGUUAAUCUGACAAAAGAUGCAACCAAAAGGUAUAAUAAUAAAAAUUGUAAUAGCUAACACUUA